AUCUGUACUAGACUUGGAAAGAACGCUGGCCGACUGUGAAGUGAUACCAGUGAAGAGUGGCCAAUCUGGAAGUCACGUGAUCUCAAUUGUAUCGGAAUAAUAUCUACUGUAUCUUUCCUCUGAAACUCUUCAAACUUUUUACAUAGACAAUAACCAUGGAACCGUCUCCUGUCAAAAUAGUUGCCUGUUUUGUAAUAUUUGCCGUCAUAGGAACAGAAGCGAUGAAUUAUAUGGCAUUUCCACGACUGGGAAGAUCGGGAUACCUGGCGUUUCCAAGACUUGGCAGAUCAGAUGGACAGACGAUACAGAGCUCAGAGUUUGAGCAGGCUGAAUGUUGUCCUGAAGGUAUUAAAUCACAUUGGAUAAUUAUUGGUGCCUCCAAACCAGAAAUACGAUCACGAUGUUCACCGAAAUCUGUAUGUUGUGAAGGUUUAGAAGAAUUAGUUGGUCGAUCAUCAGACCAUAUAUUUUACACCAAAUGUACCAAAAUAACCGACGAGAAGACAGAGAAUACAGUUUUAGAUCGGUUGUUAAGAAAAUCUUAAAUAUACCAGAGAAUGGACACCAGACCAAAUCUACAAAUAACGAACUCUUGUAUUUAUAAUUGUAAUAAAAAAUUCAGUUCUGCUAAACUGGC